AUGCGACGGGACUCUCUGCAUCGAAACACGUCCCCAUGUGGAAGUUCUUUGGAGGAUGAUGAUGAUAAGAUGGGUGAUUGGGCGAUUGUGAUGAGGAAGCAUCGGAGAGUAGAGAAUGUGGAUCCAAGUGGAGGUGAAGAAUCUUCGUGUAUGGAGCUGGCGAGAGCGUUUUUGAAGUUGGGAGAGGUGUACGUGAGGAUCGAAGGUGCGAUGAUGAAUAAGUUGGAGAAGCAGAGGAUGGAAGCUGCAAAGAAGCUUGAGUUGCGAAGGAUGAACAUGUUGAUGGAUAUGCAGAUGGAGCAUGAACGAUCCAAGCUUGGCAAACGAGAGUUGUUGCAUCAAGUAAGAAGUUGUAUGGAUUCAAUAAUGGAGAAGCUACUGUGGUAG